AUUAUACUUUAACUCUUCCACCCUCUCCUAUUAUACUUUAACUCUUUCACCCUCUCCUAUUCCCCCAAUUGUGGCUCCAUCAUGUCUGCUACAAAACUUGACCAUUCAUCUCUGCAGGGACCCAGAUUGUUAUCUGACCAUUUGUCUCUGCAGGGACCCUCAUCGUCUAUAUGCUAAUUUAUCUGACCAUUUGUCUCUGCAGGGACCCUCAUACCCCCCAUUAAAGUGACCACCCUGCAGUUUUCAAAAGGUAUAUAAUGUUCCCUCAAAAUAUCUUUAGUCAGAUUGGUUCUGAUCGACUGUGAGCUGUACCCAUACUCUCUGUGUGUGUCAAUAAACUCAAGUCAACUCUGAAGCCGUCUCCUGACUCCUGAAUCGGACACCUGGUUCCUGAAGGCCGAAUUUCUAACAACUUGGUGCCGUGACCCGGAUGGCAUACUGAAACCUACUUGGACAAUACAUUGACUUCUGGAUGAUUUGAUGCAUCUUCAUGAAAGCUCAUCUUCAAGAGAGUCUGCGUAGCCAAGGAUCUGCAAAGACAUCUGCUCAGCCGAGGAUCUGCAAGACAUCUGCUCAGCCGAGGAUCUUCAAGAGAUCUGCUCAGCCGAGGAUCUUCAAGAGAUCUGCACAGCCGAGGAUCUUCAGGAAAUCUGCACAGCCGAGGAUCUUCAGGAAAUCUGCACAGCCGAGAAUCUUCAAGAGAUCUGCAUAACUGAUAACCUUCAAGAGAGUCUGCACAGCUGAGAAGUUUCAAGACAGUCUGCACAGCUGAGGAUCUUCAAGAGAUCUGCACAGCCGAGGAUCUUCAGGAAAUCUGCACAGCCGAGGAUCUUCAGGAAAUCUGCACAGCCGAGAAUCUUCAAGAGAUCUGCAUAACUGAUAACCUUCAAGAGAGUCUGCACAGCUGAGAAGUUUCAAGACAGUCUGCACAGCUGAGGAUCUUCAAGAGAUCUGCACAGCCUGAAGAACCUUCAAGAAAAUCUGCAUAGCUGAGGAAUCCAAGAAAAUCUGUGUAGCUUUUUGAAGACAAAGACAAGACCUUGAAGACAACUUCAAGCAACCCACACUGUGAAGUCUACCAGAACACCAUGAAUGCAAUUAUGUGCAUGAUCAUAGCAAUGAUCUAUGGUGUAAAUACAUGGGAUUGCACACGCAUGCCUACUGAAUACUUGACAUUUCACCAUGCAAAAGCAAAUCACCCAAGCUCCCUGACCUGCACCCUUCAUGAACAAGCUUUGCCUGAAAACACUAUAUGUCUCUGGCACUUCUGUACCAAUGAAGAAUCAGAAACAUUAGGACCAAGUUCACUAAUAGUGAGCUUUAGGGUAAAAGCAGGCUUUGUACUGGUGAACCAACGAACAAAUAACCUAUUUGUUCUAAACCAGAAUGGCACCUUAUUCUUUAACAAGAUAAGGUAUGAAAAUGAAGGCUCGUACAGAUGCAAAUGUGGCGAACAUGUUCGGUAUCAUCAGCUUUAUGUAGAUACUGACAUAAAAAUAAACCAAGGGGGAAACCAAGUUCCAAGCAUUAACCCAAAAGAGAAUGUUUUUUCCCAUCUCUUCUCACUGACAAGGACUCAACUUUUCGGAGAGCAGCCUGUGUGUGUUCCCCAACCUGUCAGCGUAACUGGAGGAAUCUCAUGGACUGCACAUUCAAUCUCCAAAUGUGACACAUGUUCUGUCUUACAAUCACAUAAUAGCAAUCCAGUUAACAUUGUCUCCUGUCACAACGUCACAGUUCCAGUGGUCACUAGCUGCUGUGUCCCUGGUGAAAACACAUGCAACACCACCUCACUUCCGAAAACCAAUGUCACAGAGCUUAUCACACCCAGUCAUUUUCCCUGGUGUAUUGAGAGUACAGGUGAAUCACCUUCUCUAGGUGAAAUUCCCAAACAAGCAUGUGCUGAAAUCUAUGCCUUAGAUGAUGAGGGCACCGCUUACAGACACUCAUCCAGGAUAUCACAAAAACUGCCUUCUCAAAUCACUCUCCAGGGGCCUGUUGAUGAUGAAGACUGCGUAAAAGAAGGUGCUCACUGGCAUAAUCUACUCGCUUUGACUCAGAUAUGUCGUCUACCUGCUCCGGUAGGUACAUACUGGCUCUGUGGAACUACUGCAUGGUCUGAAUUGCCCUCCAGGUUUAAUGGCAGAUGCACACUCGCAUACCUGUAUCCAUCCAUGAGGAGUAAACAAGAGAAGUUACAACUCACAGCUGGCAGUACUGACCAGAGUAAUACCUGCAUUCCUGGUUUAACCUGUCAACAGACUCUGUGGUCUCGCACUCUUGGAGCUCUAAUUCCAUCAUAUGGUGUCAUGCAAUCACUGGAUCAGAUCCGUACCCUCUCAAGACAAAUGGAUCAAUUAAUUAAUGACACUGUUUUCGCCUUAAACAACAUCAGCCUUGCCUUAGCUUCCCACAGAAUGAUGAUUCUGCAGAACCGCAUUGCUCUGGACUAUCUACUAUCCAGCCAUGGUGGAACUUGCUCAGUGGUAGGUCCUGAAUGCUGCACUGAUGUCAUGAAUCCUAAGGAAGACCUCUCAAACAUAAUCACAGACUUACGAAAUUUACAUGACCAAGUAUCCACAAUGAACAAUUCUGAAACUUGGCUAUAUGGACUUCUUGGACCUUUAUGGCAUAACAUUGUAGAGAUAGGCUUGGUUCUACUUUGCACAGUUAUAGCCAUUUUUAUUGUUUGCUUUAGUUUUCGAUUUUUUAUUGUACAUAUGUUUCGAAUUUUGAGUAAUAAUGUAGUUGUGUGAUUCUCCAUUUGGGAGAAUCAAAGGGGGAAUUGAUAGAAUUCUGCCCAUAACAAAUUAUACUUUAACUCUUCCACCCUCUCCUAUUAUACUUUAACUCUUUCACCCUCUCCUAUUCCCCCAAUUGUGGCUCCAUCAUGUCUGCUACAAAACUUGACCAUUCAUCUCUGCAGGGACCCAGAUUGUUAUCUGACCAUUUGUCUCUGCAGGGACCCUCAUCGUCUAUAUGCUAAUUUAUCUGACCAUUUGUCUCUGCAGGGACCCUCAUACCCCCCAUUAAAGUGACCACCCUGCAGUUUUCAAAAGGUAUAUAAUGUUCCCUCAAAAUAUCUUUAGUCAGAUUGGUUCUGAUCGACUGUGAGCUGUACCCAUACUCUCUGUGUGUGUCAAUAAACUCAAGUCAACUCUGAA